AUGUCCAACGACGACCUCAAGGCGCACGCCGCCUCAAACCAGGACUUCUACGCACUCCUCGGCAUUGAACAACAUGCCAGCGUAUCAGAUAUCAGACGCGCCUACCGUCGCACAGCGUUGAAGUACCACCCCGACAAGAUUGCAAAUCCUACAGCAGCAGACAUCGACAAGUUCCACCUUCUUCAGAUUGCCAACGAUGUCCUCUCCGAUCCCGAAGUCAAACAGCUGUACGACAAUGCGCGGGACGCACGACAACGCAAGCAGCGCGAGCGGGAAAUGAUGGGUGCCGCGAAGCGAAAGAUGCGCGAAGAUCUGGAAGCGCGCGAGAGGGCAGGCACCGCCGAGGGUGGCGCUACGCAAGGUGUGAAGAGGUCUUGGAUGGGCGAUGACGAUGCGGAGGAGAAAUUGCAGCGGGAGAUUGAACGUAUUGCGGAGGAUGGACGACGCAGACGGCGCGAGGCGGAAGACAAACUCAAGAAAGAGCUGGAUGACGAGCAGAAGAAGAUGCAGGAAGAAGAAGAGGAAGCGCGCAAGGCGGCGGAUCGCAGUAGCCAGCGUGUGGAUCGGUCGAAGGAUGCGGUUGUUCCCGAGAAUGAGCGUGCGGUCAAAGUGCGCUGGGUGAGGGAGGGCCUUGGGCUAGAGCUCGAUGUUGAUCGAUUGGCUGCUUUAUUUUCUCCAUUUGGAAAGAUUGAAAAUACUCUCAUGCUCAAAGACAAGCGCCAGCGAGUCGGAGAGAAGAAAGAGAAGAAGACCAUUGCGACAGGGGUGAUCGUUUACGCCUCGAUUGUGAGCGCCCAUACUGCGGUACUCGAUAGCGAGAAAAAGUUUCGCCAGCAUGCGGGCCAGGAGAGUGACUGGGGUCUUAUUGAGUCCGUCUACUGGGCAACGGGCAAACAGCCUGACCUGGGAAGCCAUUCUGCUGCGAGCGCAACGCCCAGUAAUGAAGCCGAACCUGCAUCGACGAUACCAAAACCCUCAGGAUCACACUCCAAUGGAGCUGCCAAGCCAGCCUUCUCAUUUCCAGGCCUUAAUUCAGCACCACCAUCCGGGAAAACACCAUCAUUUGCUUCAUUUGCUUCUGCAUCCGCCGCUUCAGCUGCGCCGAAAGCAUCGUCCUUUAACCCAUCUUCUGGCACGCCUAGCCUUCAGGAAGUGACAAUGAUGAAUCUGAAGAACGCGCAACGAGAAAAAGAACGAAAAGCGCUCGAGGAACAGCUCGCACGAGAGGACGAAGCCGCAGACGCAGCAGAAGCAGCAGCGGCCCGGAAUACCUAA